UUUCACGACCACCACCGCCACCACCGCCACCACCGCCGUCUAGGCCAAUAAUAAUGGUCCCAUCUGGACCAAGUAUUUCACCGCCUGCCGGAGGAGGUGGAGGAGGAGGCUUCCGACCACCAACAUCAGGAGGAGGUGGAGGAACUGGAGGAGGUUCUGGCACUGGAGGAGGUUCUGGUUCAGGCUCGGGUUCAGGCUCGGGUUCAGGUACCGGAACAGGUACAUCUACCAGUGGAAGCACGCCUUGCGAGAUAAAUUGUGAUGUACCGCAACAAAGCGCCCCAGUGCAACCAGUAGCAGCAGUACCUGCUAAAAUACAACAGCCUGUAGCAGCAACACCUUCAACGCCAGUUGCUGUUUCUAGUACCAGUGGAAGCCAACAAGCACAAACCCAGGAGUGUGUAUGUGAGCCGCAAUCAGCACCGGUCCAGAAUGCACAGUUAGGAGUUAUAAAUUGUAACGACAAGAGCAACCAAGAUCUUCAAUCCUGUGAAAAUGGAAGUUCUGUGCUAUCGACCACGAUUGCCAAUGUUGAAACACCAGUAGCGCCCUCUUACACGGCACAACCCGGCCUUUCAUACUCUUCAUCAUGUAUUUGCUAAA